UGCGAUGACUUGAAGGAACCACUUGGAAGGAAACCCUGCCAUUCAGACGAAGACCUCUUGGAAGCAACGCUGUCAAGUGCGCUCCGCGCACCUCGCGACAACAUCCGCGUCCAAGAAAGCCCACUAUAAGGUCAGACCUUCAGGUGCGGGCGAGCGUGCACUUCAGGCGGGCUACGCGAGGUAUGAUCGAACACGACACUUUUUGAGCUCGACGCCCUCUCUGUCACAAUCAACACGCUUGCGGAAAGUGAGACCCUGGCUGGCGGAGACAUGCAGAAGAGGAGGCCUAGGAAGGUUCUGGUAUCCCCUACCCCAAUCGGAAUCAAGCUUCCCGUCAACCGAGGAGGUGUGAAAGGUGCUGCGGCUCCACUCCACUGUGGAAUCGCUCGAAGCUAUGAGAUCCACCAGGACCUAAGAAGCGGACCGCGAGCGGGGCGAUCCUGGAUAGAUGGAUAGAGGGGCAUGGGCGGGCCCGAAAAAGAUUACACCUCCAAGUGGCGGCGAGAGUGAACUUCAAACGGGCUAAUUGAGUCAGGAUCGAAUUCGACCGUCGUGUACAACGACGACACAGCUGCUGCUGGCGAUGAUGAUGAUGCUGCUGCUGAUGAUGAACAAAAGCCCCUCCGACGCCCUCUCUGCCAGAGUCAACACGCCUGCUGGACGUGAAAUCCUAGCAGGCGGAGACCUGGUUGGGGGUCACCAAGGACGUUUGAUUCGUGCCCUACCCCAGCCCCCAUCAGGCUUCCCGUCGGACGAUCAAAGCUCUGUAAGGUCCACAAGGACUUCCUCGAAGAUACAUCUCAGAAGGAAAUCCAUCCGCAGUCCAGACGAGGACCUCUUGGAAGCAACGCUGUCCACGACGCUCCCGAAGUCACGACUGGACGUUUCGGAGCCCUGCCGGAAAAUCCUCCGCGAGCCGCGAGCCUCACGCAACGCAGCAGCGGAGGAGAACGAUUAGCACACAAAAAAAACAGACUGGGGCAAUCCUAAACAUGGCGGGCAUGGGAAAGCACGUCUACGGAAGCUGCACGAAGGAUCAUCUGUGCACCUCGCGACGGAAUCCCUUAAAUAAGACUUGCUAUAAAAUCACACCUUCAACUGCCGGAUCGAAUUCGACCGUCGUCUGGGCAAGAUCAAACCUUGAGGCGCCAGCGAGCGUGCACGUCAUGCGGGCUACGCGGGCGAAGGUCGAAUCCCACGGGCCCUCUGGGCACAGGACUUGUUGUCUUCUCUCUUCCAAAUCCC